CAAAUAAUACUAACAAUAAUAAUAAUCUCUCUCUCUCUCUAGCAGCAACAGACUCGAAAAGAAACAUAUUUUGAGGAGGGAGAAAAAGAUUGAUACGAAAAGGAGAGUUUGUUUAUUUUACUAGAGUAUAAAUGCUAAAAGGAAAGCAGUGAAAGUGUUUUUUGAAAAUUUUCUGAGUUCUUUUGUGGCCUUUUUUUUUUUUUUUUUUUUUUUUUUAUCCUUUCUGGGCAAGUAAUUUUGGCUUUUGUGUGCAUUCUUAGCGAUUGUCAGUAAGGGAGAUCGUGGGUUUGCGACGGUGAUUUUGUAGUGAUUCUGGGUGGUAAUGGUGGGUUAGAUAGGCAAAAAGGUGAGAUUUUGGGGGAGGGUUUGUGUGGGUGUCUCGGUGAUGGUUUCAUGGGCUUUGGUGUGUUGUAGUUUGGAUCUGAGGAGGUUGAGAACUUAAAGGAGUGACAUGGAGGGGAAAGCUGGUUCCUUGGUGUCUGCUUGGGCGAUCUUGCUUCUGCAUCCAUUAUGCCUGGUAUUGGGUAACAUGGAAGGUGAUGCUUUGCAUAGUCUGCGGUCCAACUUGAAUGACCCUAGCAAUAUCCUGCAGAGCUGGGAUCCUACACUUGUCAACCCAUGCACAUGGUUUCAUGUCACAUGCAACAAUGACAAUAGUGUUAUAAGAGUUGAUCUAGGGAAUGCAGCUUUGUCUGGUCAAUUAGUUCCACAGCUUGGCCUGCUUAAGAAUUUGCAAUACUUGGAGCUCUACAGUAAUAAUAUUAGUGGACUAAUUCCCAGUGAUCUUGGGAAUUUGACUAACUUGGUGAGCUUGGAUCUUUACUUGAAUAGUGUUACUGGUCCUAUACCAGGCUCGUUGGGGAAGCUGUCAAAACUGCGGUUCCUCCGGCUUAAUAACAACAGCUUGACGGGUCCCAUUCCUAUGUCCUUGACUAAUAUCACAGCACUGCAAGUAUUGGAUCUGUCUAACAAUCAUCUCUCGGGAGUGGUUCCAGAUAAUGGUUCAUUCUCUCUUUUCACUCCCAUCAGCUUUGCUAACAACUUGGAUCUAUGUGGCCCUGUCACUGGCCGGCCAUGCCCUGGAUCUCCUCCAUUUUCUCCUCCUCCACCGUUUGUACCGCCACCCCCUAUUUCUACGCCCGGAGGGAACAGUGAUACUGGAGCAAUUGCUGGAGGAGUCGCUGCUGGUGCUGCUUUACUAUUUGCUACCCCUGCAAUAGCAUUUGCAUGGUGGCGGAGAAGGAAACCUCAAGAAUUUUUCUUUGAUGUGCCUGCUGAGGAGGAUCCUGAAGUUCACCUGGGACAGCUUAAAAGGUUUUCAUUGCGAGAAUUACAGGUUGCGACUGACACUUUUAGCAAUAAAAACAUUCUGGGGAGAGGUGGAUUUGGUAAGGUUUACAAAGGACGCUUGGCUGAUGGUUCUCUGGUUGCUGUGAAAAGACUCAAAGAAGAGCGUACACCUGGGGGUGAGCUCCAAUUCCAGACUGAAGUGGAGAUGAUCAGCAUGGCUGUGCAUCGUAAUCUCCUCCGGUUACGUGGAUUCUGCAUGACACCGACUGAAAGACUGCUUGUUUAUCCUUACAUGGCUAAUGGAAGUGUUGCAUCAUGUUUGAGAGAACGCCCGGAUUCACAGCUUCCUCUUGAUUGGCCAACACGAAAACGAAUUGCAUUGGGAUCUGCAAGAGGCCUUUCUUAUCUCCAUGACCAUUGUGAUCCGAAGAUCAUACAUCGUGAUGUGAAAGCUGCGAACAUUUUGUUAGAUGAGGAGUUUGAGGCUGUUGUGGGGGACUUUGGGCUGGCUAAGCUAAUGGACUACAAGGAUACCCAUGUCACUACUGCUGUACGUGGUACAAUUGGGCAUAUUGCUCCAGAAUACCUGUCGACUGGGAAAUCUUCAGAGAAAACUGAUGUUUUUGGUUAUGGGAUCAUGCUUCUGGAGCUAAUCACCGGGCAAAGAGCCUUUGACCUUGCUAGGCUUGCUAAUGAUGACGAUGUCAUGUUACUUGAUUGGGUCAAAGGACUUUUAAAGGAGAAGCAGCUAGAAAUGCUGGUUGACCCCGAUCUUCAAAAAAACUAUGUGGAAGCCGAGGUAGAGCAGCUGAUCCAGGUUGCACUGCUUUGCACACAAGGCUCCCCAAUGGACCGGCCUAAGAUGUCAGAAGUGAUGAGGAUGCUUGAAGGUGAUGGAUUGGCAGAGAGGUGGGACGAAUGGCAAAAGGUUGAGGUUCUGCGCCAGGAGGUAGAACUGACCGCACAUCCUAAUUCUGAUUGGAUCGUCGACUCAACAGAAAAUCUACAUGCAGUUGAGUUGUCUGGUCCAAGGUGACCCUGUCACAGUAACAAAUUACAGAAGCGAGAUAUGUACUGCUUAUUUCUUAAUCAUAAUUGUUCUUCCUUCCUUUCUUUUUCUGAUUCACGACCGUGUCCUGAUAUAUCUCUUGUAAGCCAUUCUGCUUUGUAUUCAUUACAUUUGUGCAUAUCAGUCUUGUAAUUGAGGUGCAAAUCAUGUCAUCUGCUGCGGCUCGACAUAGCCUUCAUAUUUUUCUACUGGUGUAGUAGUUGUGGCAGUUUAGAUCUUAUUUUAUCUAUGGAAGGUUUUAUGAAUUCUUCUUGAGUAGAAGGGGAGGGUUGGGCUAGUUUGGCAAAACCCUGUUGUUAAGUUGGAUUUAAAUUUCUAUCCUUUGAUACACAGCUGUUAGGAUGGCUUGCUUGCAGAGCAACUUGUACCUUGAUUUAGUUUUUGUCUGAGUAUUUCAACAAAUGAUGUAUUGUUUA